AUGGCACUUCCCACACUGCCGUCCUACUGGUGCAGCCGGAGGCUCCUGAAUCAGCAGAUAGCACGACAGCGAGAGCAGGAGGCUCGGUUUCGGCAGCAGUGGGAUCAGAACAGCCAUUACUUCAGGAUGUCUGACAUCUGCAGCUCCAAACAGGCGGAAUGGAGCUCCACAUCCUCCUACCAGCGUAGCAUGCACGCCUAUCAGCGUGAGAAGAUGAAGGAGGAGAAAAGGAAGAGUCUGGAGGCCCGGCGAGAAAAACUCAGGCAGCUCGUGCUGGAGGAGCAGGACUUGCUGGCCAGAGAACUGGAGGAGCUGAGGCUGAGCAUGAGCUUGCGGGAAAGGAGAAUCCAGGAGCAGCAUGGGAAUCUGAAGUCAGCCCGAGAAGAGCAGAGGAAGCUGAUUGCUGAACAACUUUUGUAUGAACACUGGAAAAAGAACAACCCAAAACUCCGAGAGAUUCAGAUGGAUCUUCACAGGAAGCAUGUGGUAAACUCUUGGGAGAUGCAGAAAGAAGAAAAAAAACAGCAAGAAGCCACUGAAGAGGAAGAGAAGAAACAGUUUGAAAAUGAAUACGAAAGGGCUCGAAGGGAAGCGCUAGAACGGAUGAAAACUGAGGAGGAGAAGAGACAGCUCGAGGAGAAACGACAGGCAGAGGCACUGUGUCAGCAGAUGGAGGAGCUGCGGCUGAAAGAGGUGGAGGCCACCAAACUGAAGAAGGAACAGGAGAAUCUGUUGAAGCAGUGCUGGGAGCUGGAGAGGCUGGAGGAGGAGAGGAAGCAGAUGGCAGCCUUCCGGCAGAAGGCAGAGCUGGGGCGCUUUUUGAGACACCAGUAUAAUGCACAACUCAACAGACGUACACAGCAGAUACAAGAGGAGCUGGAGGCCGACAGGCGGAUCCUGCAGGCACUCCUGGAAAAGGAGGAUGAGAACCAGCGCCUCCACCUGGUCAGGCGGGAGCAGGGGCUGGCUGAUGCGGCCUGGAUGAAGAAGACCAUCGAGGAGCAGCUGCAGCUGGAGCGGGCACGGGAGGCCGAGCUGCAGAUGCUGCUGAGGGAGGAGGCCAAGGAGAUGUGGGAAAAGAGAGAGGCAGAGUGGGCCCGAGAGCAAAGUGCGCGGGACAGGCUGAUGAGUGAGGUUCUGACCGGGAGGCAGCAACAAAUACAAGAGAAGAUUGAACAAAACCGACGGGCACAAGAGGAAUCCCUAAAACACAGGGAGCAACUCAUUCGAAGUCUUGAGGAAGCAAGAGAGUCAGCUCGUCGCGAAAAAGAGGAGAGCGAAGAGCUGAAAUCAGCCAGGAAGCAGGAGCUGGAAGCCCAGGUUGCAGAGCGCCAGCUGCAGGCAUGGGAAGAGGACCAGCAGGAGGAGGAGGAAGAGGAGGAGGUCAGGCAGGCAGAGCAACUCACUGACGCCCUGCUGCAGCAGGAGGUGACGACGAUGGCUGAGCAGGGCUACCGACCCAAGCCUUAUGGACAUCCUAGAAUUGCUUGGAACUGACUUCAUUGGUAGUGUAAGCACAGAGAACAAGGGAUGCCGAGGGCUUUGGCUGCCAGACAGGGUUUCAGUGUUCUGUUGCAGUCAUUGUUCCAGGCACUGUCACAUAGUUUGGUGGUGCCCAGUCUGGUAUGUGAUUAAAAGCUUCAAGGGCUUGGCAGGAUGUUAAGGUGUUAUAGAUAUGCAGCUGCUGGUGAAGGCCCUUUUCUGCCUUUCUUAUCUGAGAAAGGGUAUUUUGUAGGAACAUGUUUACUGUAAUACAUUAUAAUGUAAUCAUAAUUAUAACAUUUUAAAUGCUGUAAGAUUCUAGGUCAGUACAAAGAGCCACAGGUGGUAUCCCAUGAUUGGGUAUAUAACUGUCAGCCUCCAGUCAAGACUAGCUAGAGAGAUGAGGGAACUUUUUCAGUUUCUAAAAUUGUUGUUUAAAUUUAACUUUAUUUUUUUGGAAACAAACUUACAGUUCUUGGUGCAGCUUAUUUCAGGGUUUAUUAAUUUGGUGGCUCCCAAAGGAUCACGUCUUUUGUGUUCUUGAAGAAAAGAACUACUAGCAAAUUAGAACCCUGGAACAAUCUAAUGUGGUCCAUGAAUGUUUUCUGAGAAGGUGGCAAGUAAUGAGUCUUUUCUCCUUCAGAAAGCAUUUUGGUAGAAUUAACAUAGAGCAUUGUGUGUGGGUGAGUGAUCCCAAUAUGUAUGUUGCCCAGCCUCAAAAGGGACCUCAAACUAGGGGUGGGAUGGUGGUGCAUGCCUAUAGUCCCAGCUACUUGGGAGGGAGGGUGAGCUAGAAGGAUCCCUUGAGCUCAGGAGUUACAGACUGGGCAAUGUAGUGAGAUCCUGUUUCUUUAAAAACAAAAAGAAAGGCUGGCUAACCUUUUAAAGGCAGGGGCGUGACACUUGGGACCUCUGGUGUCUUGGGAAGGUCUUGGGUACAUGUAGCCUUCUGAAAUUUUUGUGCCCAGAGAAAUAGGCACUAAACUUGAAAAAAUAGAUUAGACUCAGAACCACAGAUGGACCCAAUGUUUAUCUCUCAUCAUUCUGUCAAUGUGAUACAGUUCUAGAUUAAUCUUUACAAAUAACUGCAAGUUCCUUGCAUCAAUAAUCAUAUUUUAAUGACUUAUUUUUUUUCCAUGCUCUUCCUCUGAGGUUUCAGUUUUCAUUACAUUGUGUUCAAGAUUUCAUAACUCAGUAAAUUACAGCUAAUUAAUGGGCAUUGUUCCAAGGUUGUUAAAAACCAGAGCUUAUUAAAAAUUCCUGAGUAUAAGGGCUGCAUUGCCUUUCACUCCAUUGUGAGCUGCAAACCAUGUCCUUAAUCUGUUUUUCAUUUAAGUCCUGGGAUUCUUUGGAUAUGAUCUCCUGAGUACCACUUUCAUCAUGCAUGCUUAUAUUUAUUUCCCCAUUUCAGAUGUGUAUUAAUUGUUCUGGUUUGAUUCAGACAUGUAUUAAAAGUUCUGGUUUGACAGCA